AUGAGAUUCGGCCAGCAGCUCAAGAGCUCCCUCAUCAAGGACUGGUCCCACUACUACAUCAACUACGACGACCUCAAGAAGAGCCUGCGCACCGACUUCGACCACACCCCCCUCGUCCAGCAAGGCCACAAGCAGAAGGCGCCGUGGAGCGAGGAUGAUGAGGCCCGCUUCGUGAGGCAGCUUGAGCAGGAGCUGGACAAGGUCUUCACCUUUCAGAAAGUCAAGAGCCAGGAGAUUACCCGCCGCAUCAAGACCACCGAGCUUGAGGUCGACGAUGUCAUUGCCCGGCAGGAGGCUGCUGAAGUGGGAGGCAACGACCAGGCCAAGAAGGAUGCCCCAUCCGAAGAUGAGUUCCUGUUGCUGGAGGAGGAUGUCUCAGAUAUCAUCGCCGAUGUUCAUGACCUCGCUCGCUUCACCCAGCUGAACUACACUGGCUUCCAGAAGAUUAUCAAGAAGCACGACAAGCAGACCCAUUGGCACCUGAAACCAGUCUUUGCCGCCCGCCUCAACGCCCGCCCCUUCUUCAAAGACGACUACGACACCACCAUUGUCAAUCUCUCCAAGCUCUACGACCGUGUCCGCACGCGGGGUCAUCCAGUCACUGGUGACUCCUCUGCUGGUGGAAAGCAACAGAACUUUGUCCGCCAGACCACCAAGUAUUGGGUGCAUCCGGACAACAUCACCGAGCUCAAGCUCAUCGUCCUCAAGCAUCUACCCGUCCUUGUGUUCAACCCCAGCAAAGAGUUUGAAAAGAAAGAUUCCGCCAUCUCGUCCAUCUACUACGACAAUACCGAUACUUGGGAGCUGUACGAAGGCCGUUUGAAAAAGACGGAAGGAGCAGAAGCUAUUCGUUUGAGAUGGUACGGUGGUAUGGAGACGGACACCAUCUUCGUGGAGAGGAAGACACAUCGCGAAGACUGGACGGGUGAAAAGUCUGUCAAGGCCCGCUUCUCGCUCAAAGAGAAGAACGUCAAUGCCUUCUUGAAGGGUGACAUGACCACCGAGCAAGUCUUUGAAAAGGCGCGACGAGAGGGCAAGAAGAGCGAGAAGGAGAUCAACGAUCUGGAGCAGCUUGCCAAGGAGAUCCAAUUCCGGGUCAUCAGCAGGAAGCUCGAGCCGGUAUGCCGCUCUUUCUACAACAGAACAGCCUUCCAACUUCCUGGCGAUGCUCGUGUGCGUAUUUCACUCGACACGGAGUUGACCAUGGUUCGGGAGGACAAUCUGGAUGGACGCAAGAGGUCAGGCGACAACUGGCGUCGUAUGGACAUUGGUAUCGACUUUCCCUUCUCGCAGCUUCCUCCGGAGGAUGUGGAACGGUUUCCAUAUGGCGUGCUGGAAGUCAAACUCCAGACUGCCGCAGGUCAAGAACCUCCAGAAUGGAUUCGCGAGCUCACCGCUUCACAUCUGGUGGAAGCUGUGCCCAAAUUUUCAAAGUUCAUCCACGGCUGUGCAACCAUGUUCCCCAACCGCAUCCACCUGCUACCAUUCUGGUUCCCGCAAAUGGAGACCGACAUUCGGAAGCCCGUCUCCCACAAGUUUGGCAUCGAGCGACCGGGCCAGAGUACCGAAGCCAGCACGAGCACCGCCCUGGAUGAUGAUACCGAAGAUGAGCUUGAGGGUGAUGACGACAGAGCUCUGAACGACCGCGAUCCGGAAGAUGAGAACAUCAGACGACUUCGUGCUGCCAGGGAUGCGUUGGAGGAGCACGAAGUUGAACGACAUAUGAGUGCUGCCAAUGGUGACGGUAAUGUUUUGGAUGAAGAAGAGCGGAUGGCCCACAAGCCGCUCAUCAGUGCCGAAGACGACUACCCGUUAUACGACUCCGACGAUGAGGAGGAGGCACUGGCGGUCGCGAAGAAGAAGGGUGCGUGGGCUUAUAGAUGGCAACUCAUCAAGAGCCACACAAACCUCGCGGGUGACAGACUGCUGGACAUACUCAAAAGCGCCACUCCGUUCCCGAAGCCGACGCAGAUCCCUGCGAGAGAAGGCCGUCUGGGUAUACCUGGAGCUGCGACUGUGUCUGAGAAGCGAUUCAAGGCUCCACCAGGAAAGAAGAUUCACGUGCCCGUCCGCGUCGAGCCCAAGGUCUCGUUCGCCGCGGAAAGGACGUUCUUGGCUUGGCUCGAAUUCUCAAUCAUCCUCGGCUCCAUUGCUGCGACUCUGCUCAACUUUGGCGACCAGAUCUCCCUCGCUGCAGCCAUCGCCUUCACCAUCGUGGCUAUCGUUGCCCUGUUCUAUUCCAUGGCCAUUUUCUUGUGGCGUGUCGAUCGAAUCAAGCAGCGCAAAGCCGUCAGCUAUCACGACAAAUGGGGACCGACCGGGUUGUGCAUUGGACUGAUUGCUUGCGUGGCUGUCGCCAUCAGUUAUCGCUUCAAGUACGGCGGCGAUGGAGACUUGAGGGGUAGGGGUGGUGUUAUUGGCAGGGGUUGA